CCUGCACAGGGCUGAGCGGUGCUGGAGGGCUCUCUGCUUCUAGAACCCCAGCCCUGUGCUGGACUCAGACCCUGGCGAGGCUGGGGACAGGGCAGGCGCCUGGCGGGCAGCGGGCAAUUGAGGAAGAGGAAGCUGGGGCUAAGUUGGGUCACCCUGUUGUUACCCUGGUUCCUGGCCCACCAAUGUUCCCCUGGGUGGCUUGAAGCUCGCCAUGGAGCUGCAAGAGCUGAUAACCAGGCUGGGGACCUGCAGCAGCGAGGACAGGGCUCCAGCUGGCUCUGAGCCCAAGCCGUGUGUCCAGCCCUUUGACUCCGGAGCUGCAGCCGCAGCCCCCAAGAGCAGCAGCGGCCCCUGGAGGCCUGGGCAUCCAGACUUCUUCUUCACCGUGGAGGAUGAGCAGGAGGAUGGUUUUCCAGGCCAGCUCAGCAAGAGCACAGAGGACCUCAGCCUGGAUCUGGGGGCCCUUCAGGACAGUGAAUAUCUCCAGGACCUGGGCCUCGGGACCUUUCCCCACAGCCAGCCUGGGGAGGGCAGGGACAGCAGCCCCCCCAGGGAAGAGGUCAGCGAAGAUUCGUGCUUCUCCAGCUCAGCAGCGUCCCAGGGCCUGCCGCGGAGACGCAGCUGGGAAAGGUCACGGAGCUGCUCAGAGAGCUGGCAGAGGCUCAGCCUCGAUGCCUCGGCCGUGGAUGAGGGACCCUGUCUCCCUCGGACCCUGGCUAGCCUUGCUCUGAACCUGCCUGGAGAGGGUCUGCAAACCUGGACUCAAGAGUGUGUGUCCGGGGGUGGGAGCCCAGCAGAGCCCCCAGGCAAGGAAUGUGACAGCCCCAUGAGAAGAGUGAGGUCACAGUCGGUGCCCGUGUCCUUUGAUGCGAGCAGCUCCCCGGAAAUGUCUCGGGCUCUGGAGGUGCCCACUCCAGCUGUUCAAGGCCUGGAGCCGCCAGUGCUGGAGUGCAUGGAGCCGGACCACGUGGAGCCGGACCACGUGCUGAUGGUCCACCAGGUGCUCCAAGAACUUCGACAGUACCAUGGGGCCCGACAGAGGGCUCGCUUGUCGGUCAGCCCUGGAGGAGGCCACUCAAACCUCACCUGGUUUGAGUUUCUGUCAGAGAGCGAAGACUGCGCCGCCAAGAUCGAGAAGAGAAAUAAGAGCACCAGGGUGAAGCGAAGACUGAGCUCCCUCCGCAGUCGAGUCACCAGGCAGAAAGAGAAGGGGAAGUGCCCAGUGCUUCUAAAGGACCAAGCUCAGGAUCCCCGAGAGAGGAAGGAAUGUAUCAACGGGCACCAGCUGGCUCAGGGGACCCUCUUCGGCCACUCCAGCUGCCCACUGUGUGGCCAGCCCUUUCUGAGCCCUGCAUCCCUGAAGGAGCAGCUGAGGGCCACCCCCUUGUCUAAUGGCAGCCCGGCCCUAUCCAGGAAUGUCGGCAUGACGGUCUCACAGAAGGGGGGUCCACAGCCAGCACCCAGCCUGGCGGGAACGGGGACGCGCCUUGGACCAGUCACAGGAGAGAUGGAUGAAGCCGACUCUGUAUUUCUAAAAUUUAAGCAGGCAGCUGAUGACUCUCUCUCGCUCACAUCUUCAAAUACCGAGUCCGUUUUUGUAGAAGACCCCUACGCUGCCUCGCUGAGGAGUGAGAUCGAAUCAGAUGCCCACGAGUUCGAGGCAGAGUCCUGGAGCCUCUCUGUGGAUGCCGCGUUCGCAAAGAAACAAAGCAGGGAGGCGGUGAAGAGGCAGGAUGUGCUUUACGAGCUGAUGCAGACCGAGGUGCACCACGUGCGGACGCUCAAGAUCAUGCUGAAGGUCUACUCCAGAGCCCUGCAGGAGGAGCUGCAGUUCAGCAGUAAGGCCGUCAGCCGUCUCUUCCCGUGCGCCGACGACCUGCUCGAGAUGCACAGCCACUUCCUCUCUCGGCUGAAGGAGCGUCGCCAGGAAUCACUGGAGGAGGGCAGUGACCGGAAUUACAUCAUCCAGAAAAUCGGGGACCUCCUAGUCCAGCAGUUUUCAGGUGAAAAUGGGGAGAGAAUGAAAGAAAAAUAUGGGGUCUUCUGUAGUGGCCACAACGAGGCGGUCAGUCAUUACAAGUUGCUGUUGCAGCAAAACAAAAAAUUUCAAAACCUGAUCAAGAAAAUCGGCAACUUUUCCAUCGUGAGGCGGCUUGGCGUGCAAGAGUGCAUUCUGCUGGUCACUCAGCGCAUAACCAAGUACCCCGUGCUGGUAGAGCGCAUUAUUCAGAACACGGCAGCUGGCACCAAGGACUACGAGGACCUGAUGCAGGCCCUGAGCCUCAUCAAAGACAUCAUCUCACAAGUGGACGCCACGGUCAGCGAGUGCGAGAAAGGCCAGCGCCUCAGGGAGAUCACAGGCAAGAUGGACCUGAAGUCCUCCAGCAAGCUCAAGAACGGGCUGACCUUCCGCAAGGAGGACAUGCUGCAGCGGCAGCUCCUCCUGGAGGGCACACUGUGCUGGAAGACCACGUCAGGGCGUCUGAAAGAUGUUCUUGCUGUCCUGCUGACCGAUGUGCUUUUGCUGCUUCAAGAAAAGGACCAAAAAUAUGUCUUUGCUUCCGUGGACUCGAAGCGCCCUGUCAUCUCACUGCAAAAGCUCAUUGUGAGGGAAGUGGCCAACGAGGAGAAAGCCAUGUUCCUGAUCAGCGCCUCGCGCCAAGGGCCCGAGAUGUACGAGAUCUACACCAGCUCCAAGGAGGAGAGGAACACCUGGAUGGCCCACAUCAGAAGGGCCGUGGAGAGCUGUCCAGACGAGGAGGAGGGGCCCUUCAGUGAGGCGGAAGAGGAGAGGAAGGCAGUCGAGGCCCGCGCCAUGAGGCUUCGGGACUUCCAAGAGCGAUUGAACCUGAAAGACCAGCAGAUCGCACAGAGCCUGAGCGAGAAGCAGCAGAUCUACCUGGAGAUGGCCGAGAUGAGCGGGCCGGAGGACCUGGCUGGCUCUCGGCUCCUCUUCCGCGGAGGAGAGCCCCCCGAGAACCUGCACGGGGAGCUGAUCCUCAAGUCGGCCAUGACCGAGAUCGAGGACAUUCAGAACCUGAUCUGCAGGCGGCUGGGCCAGGCGGAAGACGGGGGCAGCUCUGUGGGCCUGCCGCAGUGGGCAGAGACCUUUGCGGGCUACGACAGCGGGGGCAGCACCAGGGGCAGCACUGGCAAGAGUGGCACUUUUAAGAAGGUCUCCAGCAACGACCCCAGCCCUCGAGACUGGCAGGGCCCUGUGAGUGGCUUGGACUCAAAGCUCAGCGACACCCCCGGGGCCUCCAAGGAAGCUCCACAGGCGGUGGAGGCGCCUGGUAUGGAGUCUGGCUCCCGUCUGCCCCCUGCCGUGGAGUUGGAGGUAGGCGCAGCUUGUCCCCCGACCCCGACCCGGCGGCUAGCAUGCAUGCCUGGUCUGGCUCCCUGCCAAGAGCCAGCGUGGGUCUCGCUGUCUCUGCAGCUUGUCCAGCGGAUCCAGACACUGUCCCACUUGCUCCUCAGCCUCCAGGCGGUCAUCGCCCAGCAGGACAGCUACGUGGAGAUGCAGAGGGCCGCCAUCCAGGAGCACGAGAAGCAGCUCCGGCUGCAGUCGACGCGCGGGAACGUGCUGCUAGAGCAGGAGCGGCAGCGCAACUUCGAGAAGCAGCGGGAGGAGCUGGUGUGCAUGCAGAAGCUGCAGGGCCAGAUGCGGCUGGAGCAGCAGCGCUGGGAGCGCGAGCGCCUGCGGCAGCAGCAGGAGCUAGAGCGGGCCGCGGCCCGGCUUCAGCAGCGCGAGAGCGAGUCGCUGCAGCUGCGGGGGCGGCUGGCCCAGGAGCGGGAGGAGCUGGAACAGCAGCGGCAGGCCUACCAGCACGACCUGGAGCGGCUGCGCGAGUCCCAGCGCGCCGUGGAGCGGGAGCGGGAGCGCCUGGAGCUGCUGCGGCGCCUCAAGAAGCAGAACACGGCCCCCGGGGCGCUGCCCCCCGAUGCGCUGGCCGAGGCCCAGCCCCCAAGCCACCCUCCCAGCUUCAACGGGGAAGGGCAGGAAGGGCCUGUAGCCCUGGCCAAAGUGCCAGGGCCCCGGGUGAGCAUGCUGCUGUCAGGCGGCGGGCCUGAGUACGCAGAGCGCCCCGAGGUGGCUCGCCGGGACAGUGCCCUAGCCGACCGGCCAGCCAAGAGUGACGUGCCCAUCCAGCUGCUCAGCGCCACCAACCAGAUCCAGAGGCAGACGGCCGUGCAACAGCAGAUCCCCACCAAGCUGGCCGCCUUCACCAAGGGCGGCAAGGACAAGGGCGGCAAGAGCAGGGGCUCCCAGCGCUGGGAGAGCGCAGGCCCCUUUGACCUGAAGCAGCAGCCGCUGCUCAACAAGCUCAUGGGCAAAGACGAGAACGCCUCUCGGAACCGCCGCUCACUGAGUCCCGUCCUGCUUAGCAGCCACAGCCCCCUGCCCACCCCAGACCCGUGCUUCCCAGCCCUGGGCCCGAUCCCGGCUGAGGGCCUCCCCGAGUGCCUCUCCCCCAAGGCUGGCCUGUCCUUCCCUCCUGGGCACCCGUCCGCCACACCGCUGCCCACACCACCGGACAAGGAGGAAGCCAGCAAGGAGGACGUCAUCUUCUUCUAGGGACACGGCUUGGGUGCAGACCCCUCCCUGUACUGCCCACCCCCCCAUGCUCUCUGGGGACCGCGCAGCUGUCCCUGUCCCCUCCCCAAGCAAACCACCACUGACAGCUGCCCGGCCAGGAUCUGCAUCAGGGCGGGGACAGGGCUGGCCUGUCAUCUGGAGGCCCUUUCUGUAGGAUUGGUGUUGGUACCUGGGCAACUUUCUAAACCUCUUUUUUUUUUCUCUAAUAUGAAAAGAAAAGUUCUUAAAGUUUGAUCCAGAGUCAAGGCAAGGAGCUGGUUUAGAAAGUCACACCCCAUCGGGCAGGGGAGAGAUGGACUCCACACCAUUUCCAAGCAGGGACCAAUGGCAGGGGGUCCCACAGGAGCCUGCUGACAGGCCACUGGAAGACACCGGAGCCCACUGGGGCACCACAUGGGGCCGGGUGGUGUCGGCUGUCUGUCGGCAGAGUCAGCUUCCAAAGCAGAGACCUCCAUGGGCUCCUGGUGAACCCCAAGGCCAGGCAUGAGCUGAGACAAGGGGCCACACCCGGCCUGCCCAGGAGCAGAGGCCACAGGGCAGGGCGGCUGGAGAGGGUGGCCGACGGCACUCCAGGCGGGUUCUGCAGGCCAGACACUCAUCCCGGCAGGGGCUCACCACAACUGUGUUAAUUGGGUGGAGGUGUAUGAAGCCUGCCGUUGCCAAACUCGGUGCUUCCUGAGGCGCCUCACCAAGUCAGCAAGGCUCUGGGGGCCUCGUGGGCACCAGCGUCCUCCAGGCGCUCGACCUGGCGGGGACUGCGACCCAGAGCCUCACCCAGGGCCACCGAGGGUGCUGGCCCCAGACAGAGGACCCUCAGCCCCUGCAAGAUGGGAGGAAGCCCCCAGGGCAAGUGUCCCUCCCCAGUGGGCAGAUGCGUACAACGCAGAGCAGACCAGUGGUGCCACCACGUGCAGGCAGACGAGGUGAAAUGCUGUCAGGUCCCACGUGGCCUGGGGACCUCAAAUGGACAGAGGGCCACCCCACUGGUGCCUCACAUCCAGUGAGCUUACUGUCGACUUCCCCGGGCAUUGAGUGAGGGCACCCCUCUGGCUGUGCAGCUGUAUUUUGGGGAUAGUGUCAGAGGUUGAACUCUGACCAAGCUCAAGCGUGGGUGCCAUUUCUGCCCCCCCACUGACCAGGCGCCCCAAGCCCCCUGCAGCCUUGUUGCGAGGACUGGGUCCCAGGCUGACCGGUCACAGGGGUACUAGCGCCUUCCGUCCUCUCUCAGCCCCGCCACAUCAGAGCUCCUCCGUGCCAAGUCUCAUCGGUGUUCUGUGUUUUUGUACCGAGUCGUUUCAGAGCACUUUAGGAAAGGUGACUUAAGUUCCUGUCCUGUUGCAAAGAGAACAUUCCGGGGCCCCAUGCUGCAUGAUUUUGAGACGGCCACGGACCCCCACCCGUGUGCUCUGUCUGGUCUGACCCUCGGACGAUGAGAAGCUGCGGAGGUUUUGCUGGGCCCUGCUUCCUGCCAUGCAGCCAAGGGUGUUCUCAGUUGUGCCACGCAGUGGGGCAGCAGCAUCGGUUCACCGCACGCCAGCACCUAGACAUUGUCCCUGGGUAGAGCCCAGGUUUAUGUGUAAAGUUGGUGGCCAAGCAAAUAUUCUUGUUUCUGUGGGGCCCGCGCAUGUCUGUGUUAAUUGUGACCGUGACCCUCGUCUACCGUCGUCACAGUGAUUGCAGUGUUUCCUCACUGCGGGUUUUUUCAGAACCGCCUUAGAAUUUAAGACCUGAUUCUAGCAAUAAAGGUGUUGAAGAUGAGGUGA